GAUAUUCCAUUUGACAUUACUUAUCUGUCAGCUUCUAGUUUUAUCAUUAUACUCAGAAAUUUAGCGAGUGGAACAUGGCAAGCAGCAAGCCUGAGUGGGAGGUCCUGGGAGCAUUCUCUAUCGACGAAGAGGGCCAUUACAAGAACGACAAAAGUCAACGAAGAUUUCUUGUUGAAUCUGUUAAUGACCAUCUCGAUUUCAACUUUCUUGAAGGUAUUGAUGGUUACAUUGCUCGGAAGCGACGAAAGUUUACAUCCUCGCCCCUGACACAAGUCCUAGAAUGGAUCCAGGAUCAUAAUGAAGAGCUAAUUCAGAAUAGAGUUCUGGAAAAUGAAGUAGGAGGAACCAGAAAAAUGAAUGUCGAUUUCGUUGGUAGUGGAAAUGUAUUCAGCCUUCUUCUCCGGGCUUGCGAAACCAUUGAUCUCGUAGAGAUUCUUGUGAGGCGUGAUCAUGGCACGUUGUACAUCGAGACCAGCACUCGUUCGAACCCACAAAAGAGGGAGGCCAGGGUUCCCCAACCCCUAUUGCACGUUAGACCGCAAUUGAAUGUUCAAUCGCAAUAUCCACGAAUGAGGUGCAGUGGAAGACGUCCGGUAGCAAGAACAGGAGCACCAGCACCACGGUCAACGAGGGGAGCUCGAGCAGGUAGAUCAGUAGGAAGACCAGCACGGAGAUCAGGAGAGAGCCGAAGAACAUCUAUUCUUACGGUACCAGAGCCAAAUGAGAAAAGAAAAGCAGAAUUCGCUGGGAAGAAAUUUUCAACUUGUGUAACGACCAUUGAUGAUGGCGGAGUGCCUAGCGGUGACGAACCGGUAAAUGUGUACGCAAAGUACAUGACCGUGACAAAGAUGAAGUUUGGUGAACACAUCAUCCUCCAAAGUAACGAGGUUCAUGCCGAACGUAGCCACGGGAGCGACUCUGUUAUGACAUCGCCAGAAAACUGCGUGUUGUUCAGAACCAAGAAGGCCCAUCUUGAUGGCAAAGCUUUGAUGAACUUCAAUAGGUACAAUACUAUGAGAUGGUGGUCCCAGGCUUACAUAGCAGGUGUUCCCGAGAUAUUGUGUGGUAUGAGAGAUGAUAGAGCACAUCAGAUCAAAUCGGUCAAAACGAUGAAGGUUGAAGACCUUCCUGGAAUGUCUGGUGGUUUCUGGGAUCCAAGGAUGUGUCGAAAGAAGUUUAGAAAAUAUCUCUCGGAUAUCAAAAGAUUGAUCACAAAAGACAAUCCUAGAGUUGUGUAUCGUCUGGAGUUACCAGAAGUAAGACUAGGACCUAAAAUCAAGGAGAGACUGCAAAGCAGGACGUUCAUCAUAUCGGAAGAAGAUAUGAAUGAGAAUUUAGUCACCAUCCCUGAUCAAUAUCGCAGGGAAGUCUUGUGUAUCAGGGAAGGGGUUUGACAGCCUAUGUUGUUGAUUGGGGGAGGUGCUAUACAGGGCGGGGGGGGGGGGGAGGCAGUCAUAUAUAUUGCUGUACACAUACGUGACCAAAUUAUUUCCAAACACACCCUAAAUGAGUUUAUCUCUUUGUGCAGAAUAACCCCCUAAAUAAGUUUUUUUCGAGCUUCAUUUCCACUUUUGGCCCCUAAACAAGUUGUCGUCGCCAGAAUAUGACCCCGAAACAAGCUUUGUACAAUAAGGAAGAACCCGAACUCUUUUCAGAAAUGAGGAGGAAAAGGCCCCAGGGAAAAAGCUUGGGGGGAAA